AUGUCCAACUCCAAACAAGCAGCCCUGAGUUACAAGCAAAGGGUGGUUCGUCAAAGAGAAGACGGAAAAGAACUUAUCAACAAUGUAGAGAUUCAUCCUAGAGAUGUUAUCUUAGAUUUGGGCUGUGGUACUGGAGAAUUGUCUGUGUAUCUGGCCGAGCUCGUAGGACAAGAUGGAAGAUUUGUUGCCGUCGAUCCUGAUGUCCAUCGGCUUCAAGUGGCUCGAGAAUCACACAGAGAAGUGAAAAAUCUCGCAUUUCAUGAAGGAAGCUCUGCAAACUUCAUGGCCAACUUUGUGUUUCAACGUAUUCAGGAGAAAGAAGAAGCAUUCAAGAACAUGUUUUGA